GCUCGGCUGGUGCCGUCUGCCCCCCGAGCCCAGCCCCUGCGGUCGGAGGCCGUCUAACCCCGCCAGAAGGAUGCUGGAGAGCGGCUGUAAGGCGGUGAAGGAGGGCAUGCUGGAGAAGAGGAGCGACGGGCUGCUGCAGCUCUGGAAGAAGAAGCGCUGUAUCCUCACCGAGGAGGGGCUGCUCCUCAUCCCCCCCAAGCACCCCCCGCCGCAGCCGCAGCAGCAGCAGCAGCCAGCGCCGCCAGCCGAGCCGGCAGCCAAGAUCAAGGAGCUUCACUUCUCCAACAUGAAGACGGUGGACUGCGUGGAGCGGAAGGGCAAGUACGUGUACUUCACAGUGGUGAUGGCCGAGGGGAAGGAGAUCGACUUUCGGUGCGCGCAGGAGCAGGGCUGGAACGCGGCGAUCACGCUGCAGAUGGUGCAGUACAAGAACCGCCAGGCCAUCCUGGCCGUGCGCUCCACCCGGCAGAAGCAGCAGCACCUGGCGUCGCCCCACGGCCCGCGCCUCCGCGGCGCCUCCAACUCCGCCUAGCGCAGGUUACGUUCACCGAGCGCUUCGGGGAAGCGGGACAGAGCGCGUUCGUGGCGGACCUGCUUCAGGGGCUCAGAAACUGGGCAGACGCCGGAGGUUCAGGUAGACCGGAGAGAAGCGGCUCAAUAGCCUGAACCUCAGCCGGCUGCUGCUGCUGCUUUGCCGCCUUCGGUGCCGAGAAGCAUUUCAAAUUCAUUAUUUAUGAACCUUGGAAAGGAUCCUUUGGUGCGAUGGGACUUCUAGGAGACAUGAUGUACUGUAACUUUAUUUUAAUGUAUUUUAUUUUAUUUAUUAGGGUUGUUUUGGUUUUUUCCUUUUUUUUUUUUUUUUUUUUUUUUUUUUUUUUUUUUUUUUUUUUUUUUUUUUUUCCUUAAGGCUUAUGUGCAAGACAUUUCUGAAUGUAGGCCGGAUCAAAAAAGUAAAGGAAAAAAAACAAUAUGUGUUUUAGCUCCCUAAAAGAACUAAAAAGUUCUGAGUACUUUGACUGUGUGCAAUUUGACAAAGUUAUUUGUUUUUUGCCCAAAAUACACUAUAUUCCACUAACAUGGAAAAUGUGAUGUGUGUUUCAAAAUUUCGCUGAAACCCCUACUGCAUAUGAAACCUAUUUUCUCUAAUGAGAACAACAAUCAUUGUCUGAGGUUUAAAUUAUUUAAAAAAGAAAAAAUUAAAUGUGGCAGAAGGUGAUAAAAUGUUAUUCAUGCUUGGCUAUUCAAAAAAGUGACGUUGCUUGUCAUUCUGAGAUUAAAACCAAUCUGGUUAGUGUAUGAGUGGAAGGAAUCUAACCAAUUUCUUUUGUGAUAYAGGAAUCUGAGUUGGAUUCCAGCUAUCCGUGUGAUGUGCUUGUUCCUAGGCUGGUGGGCCACAGCUGGGAAGUGUUCAUGAACAUUUCUUAGUGUCCGAGUUCAGGGCUCCCUCUGCAYGCUCAGCUUUUAUGCGAUCUGGAUUCUCAAACCAUGUUGCAUUUUCCUGGCUUUUUUAAAAUGUCUUGCAUUAAAGCAGCCCAUAGCUUAAAAUCCAUUUUAUGUAUGUCUUAGUUUGCAAAUGGAUUAUUUUGGUCACAGUUUUCAUAAGCUGAAAGUUGCUCUCUAGCUGAGAUGAACUAGAUUAAUUUUGGUGUUUAGCACUGUCAGAUAUGGAGAGAGGCAUGCCAUCUUUCCUCUAAAAACGUUGAUGAAGCCAUGAAGUUGGAAAACAAAGGGCUAAUUGCACAGCUGGUGUGUGUUUCUCUGCCUCUUAAAAGUCAGUGGGAGUUCUGCUGCCGGCACAGGCGGGAGCGGGUCGGAGCUCUCUGCCCAGUGCAGAGGAAGGAGCUGGGUGUGGGCCGGUGGACUUUCUAGGACAGGGCCCUUCUGACCAUGGGUGGCUUCAUGUUGGGUGCUGCUACUGCCCAGGUUUCCUGGUUUAAAUGAAGUGAGGAGGCUGUGAGUGGGACAGAGCAAUGUGGCCCGUUUUCUCUGGUUCAAGGUAAAAAGAAAAAUCAUGGAGCUAUUUACUUAAACUAGUGUGGGGAGGAAAGUGGCUUUUGACCCCUUUAUAAUUUACGUUAAUAUAACCAAACUCUUUCAAAGCUACACAUCCAGGACUUCUUUUUUUUGUGUAAAUGAGGUGUAACUUGACAGCAAGAGCCUCACAUUCUCAGUGCAAGCUUAUUUCUGUAAGUGUUUAAAGCAAAAGGCUGAAGUGAUACUCAAAGGAGAUUUUAGAAUUGGCUACUGUGUAYGUCGGUCUCUUCCUCUGCACCCUAAGAUUAAGCUCAGUCCUGUGAGGAGUAUGUUGAGGUCUCUAUUAGUCCUCCUCUUUCGUUCCUUCCCCGAAGUGUCAGGGUCACAUACCUAGACAAGGAAAACACAUCAUGGUGCAGAACCAAAGCCCUGAUGAUCCUCUGUAGUUUCUCCUGAGCGCUUAUUUCUGAUCUGGCCCUUGACAAGGCUGUGUGAUGAGCUUGGGGUGGUAGAUUACAGCUGUCCUAACGAAGUCAUUAUUUUGCAAUUAAUUGAACUUGAAGGUGCCCUGCAUCUUCUAGGAUUAGGUUCGCUGGCUUGGCAAUCAUAAUACUCAAUUUCCGCAUCUCUAUACAUCUGCCAUUAUCAUUCUGCUAACGCUUGGAUGUUAGAGCUGCCAGGGGAUUCUCUAAUGAGCUAGUCAAAGACUCACAAAAUAUACUGUAAUUUGUAAUUUGGCUCCUCUCUUUAGAGUGAUUAAUUACAGUUUACUGAGUAACUAAUCCACCUUCUCAGGUAUACAGAUAUAUUGCUGAUCUCACCUACUAAAAUACAUUUUGGCCUACUGAAGGGUAAAUGUAACUGAUGAAAGUUAAUUCUUAUUUGA